AUGUCUGGCGCAGGUGGCUCUGCGGAGUCCACAUCAUCCAUUCGCCUGCACUCUCCUGCCGUUGACUUUAUUGACACGAGGUUGUCCAAGUACCACCCCGUGUUCCAGCACCCCGACGCUGCGUAUGACGAAGAUAUGGAUAAGUUCGUUAUCAAAAUUCCAGACAAAACUGGACUUUCGGUUUACGGCCCGAUGGCCCUGGUGACUGGACCUGAUAAAGCUGCCACAGCGUUAUCGAAUACUGCGCCGACUCAAGUUCACCCGCCAAUAAAUUCACCACAGACGGUGUCAUUCCAACUUUCACGCCAGAUCACUACUCGCCAAUUGCCGCCUGACGUGGUUGCGAUGGAGUUCUGGCAGCCGAUCUGGCCGAAAGCUAUAGCUCGCCUCGAGGAGACCGCAGAAGCUGCUGGUAGAAUAGAAAAGGGAUUCAGCAUCCGAAAUGCUAACACGUGGGAAGACAUUAAAACAGUCCUUGACCGAGCCCGCAUGAAGUAUGAUGGCCUUGGACGCGACAGUAAAUGGGACCAUGGGUGUAUUGCGAGAUUAAUUGGACAUGGUCGCCGUGUUGGUGAGACUGUUGCUUCUCCAGUGCAACAGAUAAUUAAAUUGGUGCCAAGUCAUCCUGUUGCGACUCCUGUUCUAGGUGCAGUGGAUAUCCUGAUGAAAGCAUGGAAAGAAGCGACCAAGGUCCGGAAAGAACUCACUGAUACAUUCGAUGAAAAUACGAUGACGUCCUUAUUUGCGGAUAUGGACCAGUAUUUGGAUAUGUACCCAGAUGACCAAAACGUCGUCGACUCUUCUGUUAAACUCCUAGUGGCCAUAUUCAACGCCACUGAGGGAGCUAUCGGUUUCUACAUUGGCUGGAGAGUGUCACGAAUCGGUCGGUCUAUAUUUGAGGGCGAGGAUUAUCUGAAAUCCUUUCGAGAUUCUCUGAAACAUAUCAAAGUUGCCGCAGGCGAGCUAAGCAAGGAAAGUGACAAGAGCUUUCAGUAUAAUCAAAUGAAGAGUAGGUGCCUACCUAUCAAUCACAGCAACAAAGAGAUUAUUGAAGACGAGACUAAUUUCUAUCUGCCUAAUUUCGAAGGAAGCGAAAUUAUCAUGCUCCAAAACGAAUACAUCAUGAAAGCGACGAACGAAGUCUAUAGCCUGUUAACUGCCCACGAUAUUCAAAAGGCUACCAGUGAGCUGUCCUUCAAAAAGAGUUUUAAACCAAAAGCUAGCAUAAGAUUAACACCGCUCCCUCAUGUAGCCACCUUAACCCAUAGAAAGGAGCUCCUUAGCCCCGAAGUAAUCUCUAUACACUCAAUGGAGUCCAGGGCCCCUACACCGGAGCCGGAGGCUCAGCUGGGCCCGGAGCGUACCCACGCCCAUCAGACGCCCCUCGGUGUUCUCUGCAGCUCUAACGUUGACGAGCAAGAUAUGGAAGCCGUCAUUGACCGAGCUGGCGGCUUCCCCAGCGAGGAUCGCGGGCGUGCCGAGCAGGUCAUCAGCACGUCGGCGUUCCGUGAUUGGGUUGUUUACGGAGGAUCGAGCAGGCUCCUAGUACACGGGGAUUAUGAUCCCAAUGACUAUCCCGAGAUCUCGCCGCUAUCGGUGCUGUGUGUGACUCUUGUGAAAGCACUACGGACUCGUCCUGGGUUUGUCGGCCUUGCCUUCUUCUGCGGACAGCACCUCGGCCAGCGAAAUGAUCAUAAUACCGGGCCAAGGGGGCUGAUGCGGGAGUUUGUCGUUCAGAUGCUGCGGCAGUGCCCAUCUGUGUGCCCUGAUACACCAAACUCGAACAUAUCUCUUAGCGAGAUCGAGAAUAGCGACCUCGAUCAAUUAAUUCAUCUCUUCCCUAUCUUAGUUCGCAAAUUACCAACCUCAACGACACUUGUAGUUAUAAUCGACCAGGUACAUGUCUAUGAGCGAAGGGCAUACUGCGAAGGGUUAUGCAAAGUGAUCAACAUGUUGAUCAAGCUAGCCGAGGACGGGGAGCUCAUACACAACCCAAUUAAGAUUCUCUUGACUAGUCCAACCGAAACAAGAACUAGGGAACUGUAUGAGGUUUUUCGAAGUCAGAACUCCAUCUUGUCGAUGAGAUCUAUGCCAGGUAAUGGUCAAGGGCCCAACAGAAGCGCCAUGGCUAAGAAAAUUGAAGAGCUUGGCCAUACUUCAAAUUCGUAGCCUGAGUUAUGGCAGUCAGGCACACAUUUCUAUUUCUACGCAGCUACUUAUGAGUUUCUUACUACCUGUAGUUACUUUCUCUCUAAUGUACGUUUUUGUCCUCCGUACGAAAGGUAUGCCGUCUUUUCCUUCUCAUCGCGGUCAGUCAAAGGCUUCGGAGGAAGACUGAGAAAGAUCUCCACAACCCACCUC